GUACUGACCAAGAUGAUGGCAUCACAAGACGCCCAACAAACUCAACUCCUCUCCUCUCCUCUCCUCCUCAAAACUCCGACCACUCUCCACCGGAAUCUACAAACCCACCUCCCCGGAAAAUGCUUUUGCUUCAAUCUAAUCAAAUUCAACAACAUGUACAUGGUUGAACAAGACAAAACUCACAACCAAUCAAACCAAAAUCAAAAUCAAAAUCAAAACUCUCCCGAAUCAUCAUCCUCCGCAAAACCCACUCUCUUACAAGCCAUUCAACUCAUAGCUUCUCUAAUCUCUCUCUCUCACUCAAUCAGAGUCUUCUCUGUCAAAUGGCAAUCGAUUCGGAACAAGCUCGAAGACCUCCUCUCCAGCCUCACCUCCCUCGAAACCUGCGAUUCCGGCCAAAACCCAUCUCUCUCCGCCGCAAUUCCGGCUAUACUAGACACUAUCAAUGAAUGCUAUGACCUUUCUCGUCGAUGUCUCGACUUUUCGUAUAGUGGGAAGCUCUUAAUGCAGAGUGAUUUGGAUAUAAUUUGUACCAAAUUCGAUUCUCAUACCAAGAAUCUAUCAGAGAUUUACAAUUCCGGUUUGGUCAAAGAUAGCUAUGCGAUUGUUGUUUCCAGACCUGGCCUCGGAGCCUCUCGCGACGAUAUGAAGUUCUAUGUGAAGGAUUUGUUGUCGAGGAUGAAGAUUGGAGGCACAGAGUUGAAGAAACAAGCUCUAAUUGGGUUCAAUGAAGUUAUUUAUGAAGAUGAGAAAUAUAUCAAGAUUUCUGUGGAGAUUGGUAGCUUAAUUGGGUUGUUGGUGAAUUUUCUUGAUUCUCAAGAAAUUGAGCUUCAAGAAGAGGCUGCCAAGGCAGUGUCAGUGAUUGCAGGUUUUGAUUCAUACAAGAGUGUUUUAAUCCGUGCCGGUGUUAUCGCACCGUUGAUUCGGGUAUUAGAGGGUGGAAGUGAAAUGGGUAAAGAAAGGUCUGCAAGGUGUCUGAUGAAAUUUACUGAGAAUUCAGACAAUGCUUGGUCUGUUUCAGCUCAUGGUGGAGUGACUGCUCUGCUGAAGAUAUGUAGUAAUGGUGAUUGUGGUGGUGAAUUGGUUGGUUUGGCAUGUGGGGUUUUGAAGAAUCUUGUUGGGGUUGAAGAGAUCAAGAGGUUUAUGGUUGAAGAAGGCGCGAUUUCGGCUUUCAUUAAGCUUUUGAAGUCUAGAGAUGAAGUUUCACAGAUAAAUUCAAUUGAAUUUCUUCAAACUAUGGCGUUUGGGGAUGAUAAAAUUAAGCAAAUGAUUGUUCAAGAAGGAGGGAUUUGUGUGCUAGUACGCGUUUUAGAUCCCAAAUCAUCAUUUUCGUUGAAAUCUCGAGAAAUGGCCAUAAGGGCAAUUGUGAAUUUGUGUCUCUCAUCAAUAAGUACCUUGAAUAUCUUGAUGAAUUAUGGGUUUUUGGAUCAUAUACUGUACUUUCUUAGAAAUGGUGAGGCUUCAAUUCAAGAAUUGGCAUUGAAGGCAACCUUCACCCUAUGUGGGGUGUCAGAGGAGGCCAAGAAAGCAAUGGGUGAUGCAGGGUUUAUGCCAGAACUUGUUAAAUUGCUUGAUGCAAAGUCGUUUGAAGUUCGCGAAAUGGCGGCUGAGGCACUCUCCAGCAUGGUUUCAGUCCCCAGAAAUCGAAAACGUUUUGUGCAGAAUGAACAAAAUCUUGGCUUUCUUCUUCAAUUGCUUGACCCAGAAGAGGGAAAUUCGGGUACUAGAAAGCUCUUGUUAUCUGUAUUGAUGUCACUAACAAGUUGUCACAGUGCAAGAAAGAAAAUUGUACAUUCUGGGUAUCUGAAAAACAUAGAAAAACUUGCAAAUGCCGAGGUUUCGGAUGCUAAAAAGAUUGUUAGAAGGUUGUCGUCAAAUAGAUUCAGCAGUAUGUUAAGUGGAAUCUGGCAUUCUUGAAUCAUUCUUCAAUGUAGUUCUGUUUUUGUUCUUUGUAAAUCUACAUUAGAGUUUUCCAUGGUUCUCAAAACCUCGUUUAUCAAUCUUAUAUAUGUUACUUCUCUUUCCAUGAGAUUUUGAGAACAACUUUAUGCUUAGCUUGUAACCAUCAAUGUAGAUCCAAAUAAAACACUUUUGAUAUGAGUUUCUGAUAUUGAUGCUCAGCAAAUAUCUUGUACAAUAAUGUAAAUUUAAUUAUUUGAAAUCAGAUGCAAAUGAAUAGAGCAUAAA